CCAAUCAGCUGUUCCGAACAUGUCUAUCUUCAAAGCCAAUCGAUCUUCCAAGCUAUGCUAUUGGUGUAUUUUGCCCUAUCAGUCAUUGACACAUCAAGCGACUUUGACUGCUUGGCAUAUGUCCAUACGUGUAGGCAAUCAAUUGGUGUAUUGGCUUGCUUCGAAGCGGUGCUGCUCGGUUACGCCUUCGCGCACUUGUUUGCAUUUUGUGCUUAUCUUUGCUUGGCUUUUGGAUCGGUUUUCCGUGGUAUCUACUGAAGUUUCUAUUGCUUUCUUGUAUAAGGAAACCGUUUGAGGUUUGUCACUUUUGGGAUUUGUUGUUAUUAUUCAAUAGCACCACAGUUGCACCGGCAUUGAGUUUUUGACUUAUCCCGGGGAUUGCGAAUCCGUUCCGGUCUUGAAUUUCGAUAACCGGUGGCUGCGCGUAUUGCUCAAGGUUUCUAAGCGUUUUAUCGCUU